AUGUUCCCAAAUUCUUCCAGCUUGGGUCAUCCACCCUUCUCUCCAAAAAAUCCACAACAGAGUAGUUUCUUCAGUCCACUUCCUCGGAGUGUACCUUCUAGUCUUCCUCUCCAGAGAGCUGUUGAUCCUCAGCUUUAUUUUCCUACUGAGGUAGCUGUCUUGAGUGGGGGCCUUGCAGCUACUCCAAUUGUCACACUGCACCCAAUGACUUAUGGAGCUGACAGUCCAGUGUCUACAUCUGAUGCCCCCAUGUCAUUUCGAGGACAAAAGAGACAAAGUGAAGAAGUUUAUCCAAGUCAUGUCAAACGGCAGCGGAUUGCUUCACUUAAUUCUGGAAGAAGUGUAGUUAACCAUGCUGUGCCUUUACCAGAAGAACGUAGACACUCCUUCCCAAGAUCAGUUUGGUCUCCAGUGCACCUCGUGGGUAGCUCACCAGCUUUGGCUGGCUGUGUCCCUCCCUUGCGGAAUACCUUAUUACCAGACCAGACAGAAACUACACUCCCCGAGGCCAAAGAUCAGUUAAGUCAGCAGAUUCUGCAGUUGUUUCAAGCAUGUCGGCAACAGCCCUCAGAUUUGAACAGUAAAGAGCUCUGCAGGUCACAGCUCCAGAGGGAAAUACAGCAAAUAUUUCCACAGAGCAGACUCUUUCUGGUUGGGUCCUCACUGAAUGGAUUUGGCACUCGUAGCAGUGAUGCUGAUUUGUGCCUGGUGGUUAAAGAAGAACCAGUGAAUCAGAAGACUGAAGCGAGGCGAAUACUCAGCGUUGUCCAAGAGCUCUUCAGUACUAAACUUUCAGGCUACAUUGAGCGACCUCAGCUGAUUAGAGCAAAAGUGCCAAUAGUGAAGUUCAGGGAUAAAAUCAGCUCUGUGGAGUUCGACUUGAAUGUAAACAAUGUUGUGGGGAUAAGGAACACAUUCCUUCUGAGAAGUUAUGCAUUCAUUGAGAAUCGAGUUCGUCCAUUAGUACUCGUUAUUAAGAAGUGGGCAAGAUUUCAUGAGAUAAAUGAUGCCAGUCGUGGUACUUUAAACAGCUAUAGUCUUGUGUUGAUGGUUUUGCACUAUUUACAGACCUUAUCUGAGCCCAUCAUUCCAUCCCUCCAAAAAAAUUACCCAGAAUGUUUUGAUCCUGCUAUGCAGUUGCAUCUUGUUCAUCAGGCUCCAUGUGCCAUUCCUCCUUACAUCUCAAAAAACGGGUCAAGCCUUGGAGAUUUGCUAAUAGGCUUCUUCAAGUAUUAUGCCACAGAAUUUGAUGCAGGAUGGGCCCAAAGAGUAGGGCACAAAGGAAGAAACAGAGCCUUGCAUGCUGUGCAGCCAUGA